AUGUCUUUAGCUACGUUUCUACAUCAUCUACAACAGAGUAAUCUAUUCAAUGCAAUAGAUGAUCACCAACGAGCGAAGUCAGAAGCAAUUGAAGCUAUUAAAGUCUUGAACAUAAUAGCAAAGAAUUCCAUACAUGCCAAAGUCCCAUACUUGAAACCGUUGUCGGAGUAUGCAUUGAAAAUUUAUGAAAAGGCACAAGAGAAGCAGCCAACAUCGACCAAACUUCUUUGGUUAUCAGCAAAAAUUGGAGACAGCUUUUACUUCCCAUUGAUUGAAUUCGGUGACGGACUAACCUCUGGAUUUGGUAUCUUUUCAACAGAAUCAUCAAGUUACCACGAUUCAGACCCCUCAAUAAGGACUAUUCCAAGGGGUGUUGAUGCCACUUUUACAUCAGUUACUACAGCUCAUUGGGUAAAUGACAAAGUUCACUUGUUGAAUAUAUAUCAGGAUCUAUUAACCAAUUGUUCGUUUGUGUCAUCAUACAUUGCCUUGACAAACGUCAAUUUCUCCACCUAUGCACUCAUUUCACCUCAUGGUGUAUCGUCCAAAUACCGGAUUAUACUAAACUUUAAUGGAUGUAAACGCACUGUCGAUGUUGAUGAUUGUUUACCGCAAAUUGCUGACUCCAACAGGAAUUUAACUUUGAAAUCUUUCACCGACCCUUUGUUGUAUUGGCCAGCAUUGAUUGAGAAAGCAUAUUUAAAAGUGAUGGGACAUGGUUAUUCAUUUGAAGGCUCAAAUAUGGCCAAUGACACCUAUCUCCUUAGUGGCUGGAUUCCACAAGUUUUGAAAUUAAAAGGCAACAGACUGUUAAACGAGUUUUCGCGAUUAUGGAACAUGAAACUACACAAUGAAGUAACCUUGGGAAUUGGAACUGAAAGUUUUAGUAGCCAGUUCAGUUCGUCAAUUAAUUUGAUUGGGGAACAUGACUAUGUUAUUGACGAUUUCGAUGGCCAGUGCAUCACCUUGAAAAACCCGUGGGUUACCGAUCGGCUAUCUACAAGAUUAGUCAAGGUUUAUGAUUUAACUCAUUUCAAGUAUUUGUAUAUAAAUUGGAAACCACAGGCCGAUGCAACAAUAUACCAGGAAAACUUUAUUUACACUGUCAAGGACAAUAUAGUGGAUCAACCACAAUUUACAAUUGAAUGCGAACAAGAGACAUGGCUAUUACUUGAAAAGCACUUGCCGGUGGAUAGCCCUCAUUGGAUGAGAGUCAACGUCUACCAAACUGGAAACAAAGUAAUGUCUCCUUUUGAUCAUGAAGAGCAUUCCAUCUUUGAGACAAACAACAGACUUCAAUCGAUAAAACUACCACCGGGAACGUACACAUUAGUUAUUUGGUCCAAUAAGCCAGGAAGAUAUUCGCUAAUGUCAUAUGCUAUACUCUUUUCGAAGCUGAGGUACCAAUUUGCUCAUGUGAAAUCACGUGAUGGUGAAUGGACUAAUGAGACAUGUGGUGGAAAUUGGACAGCGGCGUCAUAUAUAAACAAUCCUCAAUUUGAUCUCAUUGUAACCAACGCAACUAUGAUGAAGGUUGCUCUCUUUGCAAAGGGGCUUGUUAAUUUUGAUAUUUUCUUUGCUGACAAGUUGAAAUUGGGACAACCAAUUCAAAGCUACAAUAAGACCAAAUGUCUUACUGAGGAUAAAUAUUCACAAGAUUAUCAAUCCAAACAACUUCACAUCAAACCGGGCACUUAUAAAGUUGUUGUAUCUAAUUUUGAUGGUUCUACGACACCGUUCAAGUUAAUAUUCAACUCAUCGGAACCAGUUGCCUUGGACAAAAUCCCGUCAUCCAUGUCAUUGUAUGCAUUGAAUCAAUCAUUCCUUUGGAACCAAACAAACAGGUACAAGUUGUAUUUUAAAACAAAUGUUUACAACACGUCAAUCCUCGCCAAGAUACGCCACACUAAUGAUGAAACUGCAUUGUAUAGUCGACAAACUGAUUAUCGACCUGCGAUGAGAGCAUCGAUUUUUAACGCAAUAACUAAAGAGCCAGUGCAGAUAAAUGAAAAAUUUAGAGAUGAUUGUUUGUAUGGGUUAUUUGUCGAGGAGAAGCUCAAGGACCCAGGAGAAUAUAUUUUAUUGAUUGAAAGGUUUGAAAUUGGUAAGGGAAGAUGUGAUGUAGUUUUGGGAAGUGACCAUAAAGUAACCUUGCUAUGA